UUCUCUUCUGGAUCAAUAUCGGAGUAAUUAAUCUAGUCGUCCAUUGAUCAAAGUCCGCAAAUCAAAGGUAUAUUUAUUAUCAUGGACAUAAUUUUCAGUUCUAAUUUACUAGCAAUUUCCGGUAUUCUAACAUCGCUUUUACUCUAUAAUUUAUGGAAGUUCAAAGUAAAAAAUCGAAGUUACAAAGCUGAAAAUGGCUUAUCAUCACUACCUCCAGAGCCAUCAAGAGCACUGCCGAUUUUAGGUCACCUUCAUAUACUCGGCAAAGAGAAAACCCUUGCUCGAACCUUAGGUCGCCUGGCCGAUAAACACGGUCCCAUCUUCACGAUUUGGCUAGGAGUGCAUCGAACGGUUGUAAUCAGCAGUCCCGACGCGAUUAAAGAAUGCUUCACUACAAAUGACAAGGUUUUGGGAGCUAGGCCAAGAUCAAGCCACGGGCAAUACCUAAGUUACAAUUAUGCAGCUUUUGGUUUCGCAUCGUACGGUCCUUAUUGGCGAAAUAUGCGAAAAAUGGUACUCAUUCAACUCCUUUCGAGCCAUAGGAUCAAGUCGUUGAAGCACGUUCAGGUCUCGGAAGUGAACCUCCUGAUCAAGGAAUUGUACUUAAAAAGCAAGACAAAUAACAAGAUUGUGAUGAGUGAGUGUUUUGAGCAUCUUACUUUGAAUAUGAUUACGAAAAUGAUCGCGGGGAAGAGAUAUUUGAACUCUAAUAGUGAAGAAGAAGAAGGGAAACGAACUGGAAAACUUAUGAAGGAAUUUAUGUACAUUUCUGGGGUUCUUGUUCCUUCUGAUUUAAUUCCAUUUCUAGGGUGGAUGAAUUUUCGAGGUCCGGUUAAAACGAUGAAGCGUUUAUCGACGGAAUUAGAUUCGCUUAUGCAAAGCUGGAUCGAUGAGCAUAAAUUGAAGAGACUUAGAAUGGAUCAUCACUCUGUAAACAUUCAGGAUGAAGACUUCAUUGAUGUGAUGCUUUCUGUAUUGGAGGAUGACUUUUUUGGCCAUUCAAAGGAAAGUAUUAUCAAAGGAACCGUAAUGACUCUAAUUAUAGCAGGUGCUGAUACAACAUCCAUCACGCUGACAUGGAUCUUAUCCAAUUUACUAAACAACCGAAGAACACUGGAGCUGGCCCAAGAAGAACUAGACCUGAAUGUCGGUCGGAAUCGGGUUGUUCAGGAUUCCGAUAUCCAUAACCUGAAUUAUCUUAAAGCAAUUGUGAAAGAAACGCUGCGUCUAUACCCGCCAGGUCCGCUAGCAGUUCCUCGUGAAGCUACAGAAGACUGUUCAAUUGCGAGCUAUCACAUACCGAAAGGCACACGAGUAUUUGCAAAUUUAUGGAAGUUACAUCGAGAUCCAAAUGUUUGGUCUAAUCCUGAUGAGUUCAUGCCUGAAAGAUUUCUUACGCAUAAUCAAGCGGAUGUUUUCGGUCAGAAUUUCGAGUAUUUACCAUUUGGAUCAGGGAGACGAUCAUGCCCUGGAAUGAAUUUUGCGAUUCAAGCAAUAGAAUUGAGUCUUGCUAGGUUGCUUCAGGCAUUUAGCAUCAGAACGCCAUUGAAUGUGCGGGUUGAUAUGAGCGAAGGACUCGGGAUUACCUUGCCGAAGACUAGUCCCUUGGAAAUUCAGAUCUUUCCUCGUCUUUCUUCUCAGCUAUAUGAAUGCUAGAAGGAAAACAAGAACAAAUAAUCACCACUCACUACCACAUAAGUCACUUUCAGUAACACCGGAUAAGUGUCGCUAUUUAUAUAAAUAUUUAUUUUCAUUAAUUAUUUAUAAAAUACACGCGUUUUAUUUUUUUCAUAAAAAUACGCUCCAUUUUUUACUUUUUCUUUUUACAAAAAUAUAUUUUUCAUAGAUC